CGUCAUUAGCCGAUGGUGACUACGGGGCGUACCAGCGCCUUUGCUCUGUAGAGGAAGACAAUCUCACGUCUGACUACACUCUGCGGCUUUUUCGGUUCAUCGGUCUCUCGAUCGGUGGAAGGCUAGGACCUCUCAGAAGAGGUGGAGUUUGCCGUAGUGAAGCUACGCGGAACCGGAGAUCUCCUGCGAUGCUGACAGAGAGCUGAAACGACAGACCCGCUGGCUCCCGUACAUGACAGCAUACAUCAGGCAUGGAGCUCCACAGAUCCUUGAGCUUGUGGAUAUUUUGUUUGUGUCUCGUUGGACAAAGUUGGACUGAAAAGCCAAGUUCACCUACACCGGCGGACAAUCAACCUGCUGAAAAUGGGAUGUCAGAUUUAUGUCGCAUCGAUGAGCCACUAUGCAAGGAUGAGAACGCCAUUCUCAGCUUUGAAGCUAUCCGCAAUAUCCAUAAGCAGAUGGAUGAUGAUGCAAAUGGCAAUGUAGAUGUUGUAGAGACAGACGGCUUCCUGAGGGAAGAUCUGAACUACCAUGACCCCAAGGCUAAGCAUAACACCUUCCACGGGGACGACCAGUUCAUCAGUGUGGAGGACUUGUGGAACUCAUGGAAAGGCUCUGAAGUGUAUAACUGGACAGUGGACAAGGUCGUGGAAUGGCUCAUCCAUUAUGUGGAGCUACCGCAAUAUGAGGAUGCAUUUCGCAAAAUGAAUUUCAAUGGGAGUGCCAUGUCCAGGCUUGCUGUAAAGAACACCACGCUGACACUCUCUAUUCUGAAGAUUUUGGAUCGCAGCCAUGUGCAAAAGUUGCAGCUCAAAGCUUUGGACACUGUACUCUUUGGAGCACCCCUGAUGAACAGACACAACCACUUGAAGGACUUCAUGCUGGUCGUGUCAAUAGUCAUAGGCAUGGGUGGAUGCUGGUUUGCCUACAUCCAGAACCGCUACUCUAAGGACCACAUGAAGAAGAUGAUGAAAGACCUGGAGGGCCUGCAGAGAGCUGAGCAGAGUCUGCAUGACCUACAAAAGAAGUUGCAGAUUGCCCAGGAGGAGCAUCGAACAGUUGAAGUGGAGAAGGUAAAUCUGGAGCAGAAGCUAAGGGAUGAGAUAAACGCUGCUAAGCAGGAGGCCCAACGACUGAGAGAGCUGCGUGAAGGCACAGAGAACGAACUGAGUCGCCAAAAGUAUGCAGAGGAAGAGCUAGAACAGGUGCGCAUGGCGUUGAAGAAGGCAGAGAAGGAGCUGGAGUCACGGAGUAGCUGGUCGCCACCAGAGUCUCUACAGAAGUGGCUGCAGCUCACCCAUGAGGUGGAAGUGCAGUACUACAACAUCAAGAAGCAAAAUGCUGAACGGCAGCUUCUGGUGGCCAAAGAAGGGGCAGAGAAAAUAAAGAAAAAGAGGAACACUCUCUUCGGGACUUUCCAUGUGGCUCACAGCUCCUCCCUGGAUGAUGUGGACCACAAAAUAUUAGCAGCAAAACAAGCCCUUGGCGAGGUGACCGCUGCUCUGCGGGAGAGGCUGCAUCGCUGGCAGCAGAUAGAGAUCCUAACAGGUUUUACCAUCGUCAACAACCCAGGUCUUCCAUCACUGGCUUCAGCCCUCAACCUCGAUCCCACUUUCAUGGGAGGCAGAGCUACACCUCAGCACUUCAUCCUGUCCGACGACAUGGACGACCUGGACGAGGAUAUCGUGCCCGGAACUCUGCCAUAUGGCAGUCGACUGUUGGAACGGCGAGCUAGUGACCUGUGGUCCAUUGGUUCAGACUGUCACCUCGUGUGGAAAUAUCCCGCUCCCAGUAUGAUGUCUCUGCGCCAACGCCACAUUGAUCCCCAGCUGGCUCUGGGCUCCCAGAGGUUGGUAGAGAGUUGCCUGUUGGCGGGGCAGCAGGGCGAGGGAACCCCCUACCCUUCCAGGCCUAGGGCUACCUUCAGACAUACUCGCAGCCAGUCGUUCGGUCAUCUCGAUUGUCUUCCUCUACCUCCCCUGUCCUCGGCUGUUUCUCACCCGUCCAUAAUCUGUACUUCCAGCCAAAUCCCUCAGUCUUCAUCAUCCUUAUCCUCAUCUUCCUCCUGCUUACCCAGCUCUGUGGGUGGCAGUGCAGCCCCUCAUUCCUCCCAUGCAUACCAUACUUCUUUCCAGCCCAUGGAUCCCAUUCCUGAUUUCUCGUUCUCAGAUGUCUCCAAAGUGCGCUCCUUGUGCAGCGACAGUUUUGGGGACCUAAAUCGCUCCGACUCCGACUCCUCCUUGUCCCUCUCACAAGUUGGUGAUCGGCUGUCUGCCUACAGCUCCAAAGGCCACCUGAUCAAGCCCACUUCUCUCAUGCAUGGCCUGUCCAGCCGGGCAGAUGAUACCGUCUCACUGCAUGCUCACACCCCCAAUGGAGGGAACCGCGUUCAUGAGGGAGGGCCUGCAGAGCAUGUCCCUGACAGCCCCAUACUCAUGAAGAAGGUAUACAGCCUGGGAGAGAUCAACAGUCUGUCUGAGUCAUCCCGCUCCCUCAGCCCGAAUUCCACUGAACCUGACACUCCAUCGCCGACAGGAGGCCAAAUAGGAGCUGUGGGGGUCAAAGGCAGCACCCGCAUCCCACAGCUGUCCUCCAAGAAGAGCCCCCUGGAGGAAGAUAGCGGCUCAACAGGAGAAGACACAGAUUCAGCUGCCAGCCGCAAGAAACACACCUUCAAGAUCUUCAAAAAACAGAGGAAAUAAGAGCUACAUGAACUAUGGGCUACCAACGCCCUCUGACUGUAUUCCUCCAUCUGGCCUGUUUGUUUGUUUUUGUUUUUUUGUUUCAAGUUUUCGGGGUUCAUUAAUGGUCACAUGAUGGCACAAUUUGUUGUCAUCACAUCUUGUUGUAGGUUACAACACCUACUCUGAGAGACCGUGGACUGUUUUACCCAGCUUUAUCUGCUUACUUGGUCAAUGUUGAGUAUGUGGGGAAUGGGCAGAUUUGUAUAUUGGAAUGUAAAGUAUUAUUUAUUCUGCAGGAACUCGUGCCAGUCUCAAAGGGAAAUAUGUCUCCCGCUGGGUUUUUCUUUCUUGUUCUACGAUCUAUAACAUUUUGCAUGUCUUCACUUUUGUUUGACGGAUACUCGAAUGCUCUUAGUGUUUGCUUGGUUCUUGUUGUUAACCUGCUUAGACACGUGUUUCUUUUAUUACUACCUAAACACCAACAAAUCCAAAGUGAAUGCGCACUUCUUUUUCCUCCCACUGAGUACUUUAUUUUUAUUGAUGGGUACGCUUUCUCUGUUUUUUUUGUUGAUGUCUUGUUGGCAGAGCAAAUGACACAUUCAGGGGAUCUUUAAGUAUAAGAGACGUGUUAGGAUUCUCCUGUAUAUUAUCUUUGGCUGUAAAAACUAAUGUUGUGCGUUGCUGUUUAUAUUAUGAUGCCUUCUUGGGGAUAGUCUAGAUAAAUAAAAUAAAGGAUCAGGGUGUUAUAUUCUGAGAAAAAAAAACUUAUGAGAUUUAAGUGGUACAUUUACAAAAAGAAAAUGCAAAGAAAAAACUUGAAAUAAUUGUUGAGGAUAAAGACUCAAACAUACAAAAUGAAAAUUUAUAUUUUCAUAUAAAGCAGCCUCUAUUAUGCCUACUGUGGACGACCUAAUGAAACUCAUCAGAUAUUUUGAUUUGCAUGAGCUGCCUUUGUGGAAUAGUUGCUCUUGCAUUCCUUCCUCAGCUUGGCCAUUUUCUGUUUAGCAAUGGCAACGAUCGGGAGAGGGGUGUAAAUUUACCACUUUUUUUUUUUUCUCAGAAUUUGAAUCACUUCUUUCUUGUUUUUUAAACAUAGAGCAGCCCCAAUAAGCUGUGCUGGUAUAUCAGUCACAGCUACUGCAUCAGAAGGCGGUAACUAAAGGACCAGCGUCGGAUCUUUUGUGUUGGGUUUUGAAUAUUUAGGUUUCAGUGCAUGUGAGAGUGAGGGAUGCCUCUUUUUGCUAUCAUGUUCAGCUUCUUUUAAGGACUCACUGAUUAAACUGGGGGUUUUAUAUAUAUAUAUAUAUAUAUAUAUAUAUAUAUAUAUAUAUAUAUACUCACUCACUGGACCAGGGGGCAAUCCGGUGUUUGAAGAUGCUGGCUAAAGAUGUCAAGCUUGGAUGUAGGUGUAAUUUUAUGAUUAUUAGUCAGAAAUGUUACCAAAAAAAAACAAAGUACCAAAAUGUUUAAAAUGUUAGCAAGGAAAUGCCAAGUUGUAUUUAUGUGUUAAAUUUGAAAAUUAGGAUACACAUUUGAGAAAAUGUGUUGAGGUGCUUGCUUUCUUUGCCUGUAUACCAUAAGAAAAUGUACAGCCGUGGUUCAUUUUUUAAGACUAGCCCCUCAAAGUGGGAUCCCACAGUUUCCAUUUAAUGUGGACUGGCCUGUGCUGCCCUGUCGUUUUUGUUCUUUUUUUUUUGUCUUUUUAGUGGACAUUUAAAGCUUCCCAGCAGUUUUUCAGUGAGGAUUGGGUGUUGGUAAGGGCUAUAAUUAAAAAGAGAAUCUUUUGCUCUGUGCAAGAUUGAAAAUUUCAAGUAACCACUUCUGGUCUACGUUUUAUGGAGGCAGAAGGUCAAUCAUGUAAAAGUGCCAAGUCGUGAUUUCUGUCAGAGGCCUUUGUAUUUGUAGUGUGUCCAAACCUUUGAGCCCCUUUUGCACAGAAGACAAUAGUGCAUGAUGUAUACAGUACUGUAUAUCCAGAGUUUAAAUGCUGAAUGUCCAAGGGUAUUGUUUCUGUAACAGUAUCAUCAGUACCGUAUGUUUACAUUUGUUACAGAUAAUUACUAUCCUCAGAUAAGUACACACACAAAAAAAAAACAACAAAACCUUGUGCCAGUUUCAAUGUUGAUUGCUUCACUUGAGCACAAAACUAUGCAUCAGUAGUUGUAGGUGAUUACUAAAGUAGUAGGGACGCCAGUACACUUAGGGUGCUCCUGAUCAAUGAACAACCAAAAAAGUGCUGCAGAAGACACAGAAGGUCUCCCCCAGCCUCAUAAUGUAACAGGUGGUUUGGAUUUAUAAGACAUGUUUAAAUAUUUUAUUUAAAAAAAAAACAACACCACUUAAAAAUAAGAAUUUCCUACUGGUACUUUUUUAAAGUGUCAUUUGUACCUUUUUUGCACGACAGAGCUGUAAAUGGGUUAUGCCAUCUGAAUGUGUGAGUGUACGUGCGUGUGUCUGUCUGCUCCCGGUAUAACGCACUGUAACGUUGAUGCAUGUCGACUGUCAUAACGAAACCUGUAUUGGGUUAAAAGAGUGGAUCAGCUUAAGCUCUUGUGUCCCCACCUCUACUUUUCUCCUCGUCUUUAUUUGGAGAUUCUAUUUAUGAAAACCUACAGUAUAUUUGUACAGGAAAAAAAAAAUCAUUUUGCAUCUACUGUUGUGGUCUAAACUUUGAUGGCACUCCUGCAUGAAAGCAAUAAACUAUUUUGAAUGAAAGUU